GAUAAAUUCCAAAAGCGAAAGAAGAAAGUGAAAGUAGACUGAACCGCAUGUGUGAUAAGCUACAUUUUAUUGAUGUUUUAGAAAGUUAACCAUGAAGAAGAAAGGAAAAGCAAAGGGCAAAAAGGAAAAGACAAAGAAACACCAAGAGGAUCCUCAACCUUUGAAAAAAACGGGCAAAACUAAAACUAAACCUGCCUUAGUCAGUACUGUUGCAGGUGACAAUUCAAAGCAAAGGGGAGAUAAAAAUUCAGAUGCAGAAGAUAAAACAUUAAAGGGGGAAACUUCAGACCCAACUGGAAAAUUCUCAGAUAAGACAGAAACUACUCACAAAUAUGACAAUGCAUCUUCAUCUGGUCUAGAAACUGGACACAGUGGUAAAAGAAAACAAAGUCAGGAAGGUGAAAUAUUUUCAUCCAAUUUUUGGGCAAAAAGUAAAAAGAAAUACCAAAAAAUGAGUGAAAAGCAAAAUAAACUUAUUUCAUCACCCACAGAGAAAAUAUCUGUUAAAGACCAAAGGAAAGGUAAUGGCCACCAGACAGAAAGAAAGAGAAAAUCUUCCACAAACUUGAGUUAUUUGACUGACGAGGAUAGAAAAGAAAAGACUUCUUCAACACAAGACUUUGAAAGUACAAAAAAUACCAAAUCCAAGAGAAACAUGAAGAAAAGAAGGAAGUCAGACAGUUUAAAUGUGGACAUAGAUGAAACUGAAGAACAGACCGUAGUAGAGGAUACAUUGAAAGGGGUUAAAAUCAUAGACUUGCAAGAUGGACUGUUAUUUGCUAUGGAACAAGAUGUUGAAGUUUGUUUCCAAGGAAACUGUCGUCUGCAACCAUUAUAUGGGACUGUUUCUGUGUUUGGAAGCCAUCUUGAAGUAUCAAAUCAUUAUGACUUUUACUCGCCAGAUUCAAAUAGCUUUUUAACAAUUAAGAGUGAAGCAAUAGAACAGAACCAAGCACUGGUCAAAAAGAUUUUAUCGGAACUGAAAAUUGGUUUGGACCAAAGAAAAAAUAUUUCUGAAACUAUGUCAGCCAUUAUUAAAAUAGAGAAGUUGAACUCAAGAUCAAUGGAGAUAAUUCCACAAUAUCCACCAUUUCAAGAAAUUUUCUACAGAAAAGAAGAAGUGGAUACUUUACCUAGAUGGAAACGGUCUUUGUUAAGAGUAGGUUUAACCGUGCUUGAAGAUAGACCAAAACUGACAUUCCCUAGUCAAUACUUGAUGCUAAAGGAUAAAGCAUGCAGACUAAUAAGAAAUAAAAGUGGAGCAUCAUCUGUCAUUACAAUUAUUGGAGGGAAGAAUUCUGGGAAAUCUACGCUCAAUAGAUAUUUAAUAAACUCGCUACUCAAUAAAGUUGAUAAAGUUUACUUUCUUGAAUGUGAUGUUGGACAGACAGAGUUUACUCCCCCUGGUUGUGUUUCCCUACAUUGUGUUUCUGAGCCAGUACUAGGACCUCCAUUCACUCAUCAGAGAGCAGCAGUUUUUUCCUGUUUUUUUGGAGGAGUAACACCAGCAGAUGAUCCCACUAGAUACCUAACCUGUAUAGAAAAAUGCUUCUCUAAGUAUCUAGACUUGGAAGAGAAAGGACCACUGAUAGUAAAUACUUGUGGCUGGAAUAAAGGUGUAGGAUUAGCCUUGACAGUGGAUAUUGUCAGAUUAGUUUGUCCAUCAUUACUGGUACAGAUCAACACUAAAAAGGCAGUUGUCAAUUUUCCUAGGAUGUUGCCAAACUUUGUGCAAAGAGAGCCAGGAUGGAGAGGGAAAAUAUGGGAUGAAAAGUGGAAAUAUAUGGAUGACUAUCCUGAGUAUGAAUUGUUGACUAUAGAUUCAGCUGUUAACCCUUUUGAGAGCCAGAUAAGCCGAUAUAAACCAUUUGAUCACAGAGAUUUGAACUUGUUUAGUUAUUUGUGUAAUAACCUUGAACCUGGUGUGUCCUUAACCUCUUCAACCCCAUACACAGUACCAUGGAAGUCUGUUGCUAUACAUGUAGUCCAUACAGAAGUAGAGAAUUUAGAAAUACUGUAUGCUAUCAAUGGUUGUCUGGUGGCACUGUGUAAAGCUGACAUUACUGAAGCAGAGAGAGAAAAUAAAAACACACCAUUUUUCUUUAAAAAUACACCUGUUUGUCAGUGUCUUGGAUUUGGCAUUGUUAGAGGGAUUGACUCUGUUGAGAAAGAGCUAUACAUUAUCACACCUCUAAAUCAACAAGAUUUGCAGAAGGUCAAUGCAGUGAUUAGAGGAAAUGUAAACUUACCAAGUCAAGUCUUGUUCAAGCAGAAGUGUGAUGGACCAAUUCCCUAUAUAACAAAUCCUAUACUGACGACUGGGUCACAAAUACUGAGACAAAGAAACCUCAAACCAAGGAAACAGACUCCUGAAAAUCAGGAAUAAUAAAUUCAUAUACAGCA